AUGGGUGAAGCAAGUAGGGCUGGGUAUGGACCAAUGCAAAAUGAGACAUGGCAGAUAAUAAUCAAAAUAGAGAAAAAGAUACAAAAGAAAGGGAGCAAAAAGAAAGCACCAUGUUCAAAAUAUCUCUCUCUCCACCCUUCAAUUACCCUCUUCGCAGUUUGCAAUAGCUGCCUUAUCAUCGCCUACACCAAGCUCUGCGUUCAGAAACCAGAGACAAUAAGAUAUGGAGUGGUUCACGGAAUAGCAGAAAGCUAUGCAACAAUGGCUAGACUAAUUCCUUCUCUUGUGGUGAUGUUCAUGUUACUUCUGUUUAUGACUGAGUUUUCUUCAGCUAGAACUCUUGGCAAUAGUCCUUCCUCUAACCAUAACCAUGGCCAUCAAAGUAUAACAUUUCUAAUGAGGGAUAUGCUCAAUGGUAGCAGUACACAAUAUUCAGAUAAACCAGCUACUACUAAGGUCACUGGUCAAACACCCCAAUCCACUCCAACAAUUCCACUCACUGCAUCGUCUCAAACCCUUGAUCUGUCUACUAUUGGCUUCUCUUUUCCCACCAGAGCAACACUUCAAGAGCUGGAGUAUGGAUCAGUGGCAUCAAUAGAUGAGGAACUACUUCAAGGAGAUGGAGAUGAACUACAGAAACUUGGAAAAGCACAAGGGGUGUAUGUUGUUAGCUCUGAGGAUGGAAGUAGCCACAUGGUGGCAAUCACAGCAAGUUUCUUGAAGGGUGAGUAUCAAGAUGGCCUGAGGCUUUUUGGAGUGCACAAGACUGAUGUGCUUGAGUCACAUGUUGCAGUUAUUGGAGGCACUGGGAAGUACUAUAGUGCCAAUGGCUAUGCUGCAGUUAAGGUUGUCGACAAAGUAGGAUCAAGUCCAAAAGAAGGAAAAGUGACAAGUGCAAAGUUUCUCCAGUUUGAUGUGUAUCUUAGUUAA